UAUUGAUUCAAUCGAAACUCCUAGAAUCUUGUCUACACUCUCACCUAAUCCGGAUUCCAAACUAAUUUAAAAACUCUUAAUUAACUCUUAAUUACACAUUAAUUCCUUGUUUAGCAAUGUGAGCCACCAUUUUCCCGCUGACGUGGCGCCCUAAAAAUUCAAUCUUUUUUCCCCCUCAGAUUCUUCGCCAUAAUCCCAAUCACUAAUCUUGGAUUAUCUAAUUGCCUGUGUUGAAGAAUCUUGUCUUGUUUUCCUAUUCGUGUCAAUUUCUGUGGGGCCACUGCAAUUCGGGAAAAUCUCGGGCAGCUGAUAAAAUUAGGGCACGUGCGUCAUUCUUAACCAGCGAGAAGAGAGAGAAAGAGGAGAGAGAGAGAGAAAGAGGUGGAUGAAGCAGCUUUGACGAAACACGAAAAUGGGUGAGAAAAAGGUUGGCCAUGAGAAAAUUGUGGGAGGACUCAAAUUUUGAGAAAGUCUGAAAAAAGAAAAGAAAUAAAGAUACAAUUUUUAUGCAUUGCCAUAAAUAAGAAACUCAUUUCAUUUCCACCUCAUUCUUCAACAAGAAGGGUCCCUCACGAAUUUCCUCUCACCUCAUUCUUGUUCAAUUCUUGAUUCUUGGGAGGGGACUUUUCUUGAUUGAAGAUUUGGUUUUUUUUUGUUUGUUCUUCUGUUUGAGAGCCUUCUCUUGAAACUUUUCUUGCAGAAGGCUCAAAGACGAAGACAUUACUUUUACAUAUUUUUCUCUUGAGAGAGAGAGAGGGGGAUGAGAGAGGGAGAGAGGAUGUUUAGGUGGUGGACAUCAGCCCUCCAACUGUUGGAGCUGUGUGUGAGCUCCUUGGUGCAUUUGCUGUUUGGAUUCUACAUUUUUAGCACGGCUGUGGCUGGCGAUCUCUCGCAAACGAUAAAUGAUUUGUUUUUCAAGCCUAAUUUGGCUAGUGGCUUGCAAAGCGAUGAGGUUGAGAAGCAGAAAUCCACCACUUCUUCCGAUGAUUUGCCUCCAAUUGUGCUAGUUCAUGGCAUCUUUGGCUUUGGGAAAGGGAAAUUAGGAGGCUUGUCUUAUUUUGCUGGAGCUGAGAAGAAAGAUGAGAGGGUUCUUGUCCCUGAUUUAGGCUCAUUAACUAGCAUAUAUGACAGGGCUAGAGAAUUGUUCUAUUACCUAAAAGGAGGGCAAGUUGAUUAUGGUGAAGAACAUAGCAAGGCUUGUGGGCACACUCAGUUUGGUAGAGUAUAUGAGAAAGGGCAUUACCCUGAAUGGGAUGAGGAUCACCCCAUCCACUUUGUGGGGCAUUCGGCCGGGGGCCAAGUUGUUCGAGUCUUGCAGCAAAUGCUUGCUGAUAAGGCAUUCAAGGGAUAUGAGAACACUUCGCCAAACUGGGUGCUGAGCAUAACGUCGUUGUCUGGUGCGUUCAAUGGCACAACGAGAGCCUAUUUGGAUGGAAUUCAGCCAGAAGACGGGAAAUCAUUGAAGCCCGUCUGCCUGCUGCAGCUGUGCCGGAUAGGGGUGAUUCUCUACGACUGGUUUGACAUCCCGUGGCUGAAGAACUACUACAACUUCGGGUUUGAUCAUUUCAACAUGUCGUGGAGGCAGAUAGGAAUUUGGGGUCUUGUUAACUGCCUCAUGGGGAAGACCGGCCCGUUUGCAACGGGAGACUGGAUUCUGCCUGACCUCACGAUCCAAGGGUCGAUCAGAUUGAACAGCCACAUACAGACGUUCCCUGACACGUACUACUUCAGCUACGCCACCAAGCAGACCAGGAAAGUCAUGGGUGUCACAGUCCCCUUUGGCCUUCUUGGAAUACACCCUCUGCUGUUUAUCCGAGUCUUGCAGAUGAGCGUGUGGCGACACCCUGCUGACGUCCCUCCCCCUUACAAAGGCUACCGAGAUGAAGAGUGGUGGGACAACGAUGGGGCGCUCAACACCAUUUCCAUGACACACCCCCGCCUCCCAGUCGAGCAUCCCAAUCACCUCGUGGUGAAGGAUUCAGAAUGCCAGCCUCUACAACCGGGCAUAUGGUACUACAAGAUUGUGGAAGGCGAUCACAUCCUCUUCAUUGUGAACAGGGAGAGAGCAGGGGUGCAGUUUGAUCUGAUAUACGACAGCAUCUUCGAGCGAUGCAGGAAGCACGCGUUCAGAAAGAAGCCAACGAUGCCGAACCAGCUAACUCAAUAGCCACAUGAAAUGCAAGAAGAAAAUUGGUAGAGAUGUGGACUCAAUAGCCACAUGAAGUGAAAGAAGAAAAUUGGUAGAGAUUUGGGAUAGUUUUUCAUUCUUUUCUUUUUGCUCUCUUUCUUUUGCCUUCUUUCUUUCUCUUGUGUAGCUGGGCUGGAAAAGCAAGUAUAGUGUAGAUGUUUGCUUGCCUUGUUUAGCAGAUAUCAUAUCUUUACCAUUUGGUACUUUGAUAAUAUAGCCAUUUUUCCAACAA